AUGCCUGCCCCGACGGCCCUCACUACCUCCCGCCGCCGCCUCUCGACGCCUCCCGUGCCCCCCAACUCACCCACGGAGAGCACACGUACCUACCGCGAGUGGCAAUCAGCCCUCGUCGCCCUCCGCGCAGCGCGCCUCGCGGCUGCCCACGCGGCCCGGGACGAGGCCACCUCCCUGGCCGACGUUGAGGCCCUGCGAGCGCAACUCACCCAGAAGACAGCUGAGAAGACGACCGCUAUCGCCGCGAAGAACCGCGCCAUCGAAGAGAUGCGCGAAGCCAUCGUCACUGAGGCGCUUGCGGUCCCCGGAGAGAUCCUCCUGCCGGUCCUGGCCGCGCAGCGCGCCGAGGCCAUCUGGCGUGUCGAGACGGCGAUUGUCAACGCGUCGGUCGUGGCCGCGGCCGAGGGGGAAGCGCACCGCGCCUACACCUCGAUGCGCGACGUGCGCGACAGCAUGCUGCCGACCUGGUCGGGUGCGCGUGCGUUCGUCGCCGUCGCGGAGCAGAUCGCGCGUGACUGCGAGGCGCGGUACAACGCUGCUCUGGCGGCGGAUGAGCCGUGGGGCGACUCGGUUACGUAUGUCGAGGAGGAAGUUGACGGCGGUUCCUCUGCCUCCUCGCCCGAGGACGAGGCGUUUGUCCUUGUUUAA